GAAAGGGGAAGGUAGCCCCGCAGUGCAGGAGCGUGGGGAGGCCCGCACCGGGGUGCAGGAGCGGGGGGAGGGGAGCCCGCGCCGGCUGCUGCUGCAGCCCGAGCAGCUGUCCGAGCUCGGGGAGGGCUCUUGGGAGCGCAGAGACGAGCUCGAAAGUUCCGGGGAGCCGUUCUGGGAGAGCUGCGGGCACCUCAGACGGGAGGCGGUGGUCCUGGGAGCGGUCCCGGCCCGUCGCAAGAGACUCGAACUGCUGGGGAGGGCCCGGCCAGUGGGGCCCCGGGGGCCUGAGGGGGAGGGACGUCUGGGGGUGCAGGAAGCGAAUUGGCUGCCUGGGGUACAGGAGGGACAGGUGGUGCGGGCUGUCCAGGAAACCUACCUGGACGGGAAGGGGUCCCAGGAGGGGGAGGGGCCCCCUGAGGGGCACAGGCUGCGGAGGCGCAGGCGGAGGAGGAGGUGGUAACCCACGGGCUGGCUGCUCGGCACCAGGGCCGGGCCGGGCCGGGCCGGGGUCGAGGUGAGCGCAUAAUGUAGGGGUCUGGGGAGAGGGGAGCAGAAGAGCACCGUGAACCUGGGGGCGUUGGAAACCACUGCCCGGUAGCAAGCAGUGUCCUGCUGGGUCCUUUUCUGCCACCUCGGCUGGGACAUCGUAGAAGCAGAGUCUGCAGUGAGCCAGUGGAAGGCAGCAGCCUCCUCCCAGACCAGUGUGAUUUCAGACCUGGGAUGACCUGAAGGAGUGAGGUUUCCUGGUGCAGUUCCUCUGGGAUGAAGUCCCACGGGGACCAGCCUGACCCUGGUCCAGAAGCUUAGGCCCUGCACACAAGAGGAGGCUGGGGAGCAGCAGCAUGCAGCCGGAGGAGGGCACAGGCUGGCUGCUAGAGCUGCUGUCCGAGGUGCAGCUGCAGCAGUACUUCCUGCGGCUCCGCGACGACCUCAACGUCACCCGCCUGUCCCACUUUGAGUAUGUCAAGAAUGAGGACCUGGAGAAGAUUGGCAUGGGCCGACCCGGCCAGCGGCGGCUGUGGGAGGCCGUGAAGAGGAGGAAGGCCAUGUGCAAACGCAAGUCCUGGAUGAGCAAGGUGUUCAGUGGAAAGCGGCUGGAGGCUGAGUUCCCCCCUCAUCACUCUCAGAGCACCUUCCGGAAGACCUCGCCCACCCCGGGGGGCUCUGCUGGGGAGGGGUCCCUGCAGAGCCUCACCUGCCUUAUUGGGGAGAAGGACCUGCAUCUCUUCGAGAAGCUGGGAGAUGGUUCCUUUGGCGUGGUGCGCAGGGGCGAGUGGGACGCCCCCUCUGGGAAGACGGUGAGCGUGGCUGUGAAGUGCCUGAAGCCUGACGUGCUGAGCCAGCCAGAGGCCAUGGACGACUUCAUCCGGGAGGUCAACGCCAUGCACUCGCUUGACCACCGAAACCUCAUUCGCCUCUACGGGGUGGUGCUCACACCGCCCAUGAAGAUGGUGACAGAGCUGGCACCUCUGGGAUCAUUGUUGGACCGGCUACGCAAGCACCAGGGCCACUUCCUACUGGGUACCCUGAGCCGCUAUGCUGUCCAGGUGGCUGAGGGCAUGGGCUACCUGGAGGCCAAGCGCUUCAUUCACCGGGACCUGGCCGCCCGAAAUCUGCUGUUGGCCACCCGCGACCUGGUCAAGAUCGGGGACUUCGGGCUGAUGCGAGCACUGCCCCAGAAUGACGACCACUACGUCAUGCAGGAACAUCGCAAGGUGCCCUUUGCCUGGUGUGCCCCAGAGAGCCUGAAGACGCGCACCUUCUCCCACGCCAGCGACACCUGGAUGUUUGGGGUCACGCUGUGGGAGAUGUUCACCUACGGCCAGGAGCCCUGGAUCGGCCUCAAUGGCAGUCAGAUCCUGCAUAAGAUUGACAAGGAGGGGGAGCGUCUACCGCGGCCCGAGGACUGCCCCCAGGACAUCUACAAUGUCAUGGUCCAGUGCUGGGCUCACAAGCCCGAGGACAGACCCACCUUUGUGGCUCUGCGGGACUUUCUGUUGGAGGCUCAGCCCACCGACAUGCGGGCCCUUCAGGACUUCGAAGAACCUGACAAGCUGCACAUCCAGAUGAACGACGUCAUCACCGUCAUCGAGGGGAGGGCUGAGAAUUACUGGUGGCGUGGGCAGAACACGCGGACGCUGUGCGUGGGGCCCUUCCCUCGCAACGUGGUGACCUCUGUGGCCGGCCUGUCAGCCCAGGACAUCAGCCAGCCGCUGCAGAAUAGCUUCAUCCACACGGGGCAUGGCGACAGCGACCCCCGCCACUGCUGGGGCUUCCCUGACAAGAUCGAUGAACUGUAUCUGGGAAACCCCAUGGACCCUCCCGACCUGCUGAGCGUGGAACUGAGCACAUCCAGACCCACCCAGCAUCUGGGCAGGGUGAAAAGGGAGCCUCCACCUCGCCCUCCUCAGCCUGCCAUCUUCACUCAGAAACCAACCUACGACCCCGUGAGUGAGGACCAAGACCCCCUGUCCAGCGACUUCAAGAGGCUGGGCCUGCGAAAGCCAGGACUGCCCCGUGGGCUGUGGCUCGCGAAGCCCUCGGCCCGGGUGCCAGGCACCAAGGCUGGCCGCGGUGGCGGCGAGGUCACGCUCAUCGACUUCGGCGAGGAGCCUGUUGUGCUGGCCCCACGGCCCUGUGCCCCCUCACUGGCGCAGCUGGCCAUGGAUGCCUGUUCCUUGCUGGACAAGACCCCGCCGCAGAGCCCUACACGGGCCCUGCCCCGGCCCCUGCAUCCCACGCCUGUGGUGGACUGGGAUGCGCGCCCGCUGCCCCCGCCUCCUGCCUACGACGACGUGGCCCAGGAUGAGGAUGACUUCGAGGUCUGCUCCAUCAACAGCACCCUAGUGGGCGCCGGGGUCUCUGCUGAGCCCAGCCAGGGCGAGACCAACUACGCCUUUGUGCCUGAGCCGGCGAGGCUCCUCCCCCCUCUGGAGGACAACCUGUUUCUCCCACCCCAGGGUGGGGGCAAGCCACCCAACUCGGCCCAAACCGCAGAGAUCUUCCAGGCGCUGCAGCAGGAAUGCAUGCGGCAGCUGCAGGUCCCGGCUGGCUCUCUGGUCCCCUCGCCCAGCCCCGGGGGUGACGACAAGCCCCAGGUCCCCCCCCGGGUGCCCAUCCCCCCGAGGCCCACGCGCUCACGUGGCGAGCUGUCUCCGGCCCCCCCAGGCGAGGAGGAGACAGGCCGGUGGCCCGGACCUGCCUCCCCUCCCCGGGUGCCUCCCCGGGAGCCCCUAUCUCCACAAGGCUCCAGGACUCCCAGCCCCCUGGUGCCACGUGGCAGCUCCCCGCUGCCACCCCGGCUCUCCAGCUCACCUGGGAAGACCAUGCCCACCACCCAGAGCUUUGCCUCAGACCCCAAGUAUGCCACACCCCAGGUGAUCCAGGCGCCUGGCCCACGGGCUGGCCCCUGCAUCUUGCCCAUCGUCCGAGAUGGGAAGAAGGUCAGCAGCACCCACUACUACCUGCUACCUGAGCGCCCGCCCUAUCUGGAGCGCUACCAGCGUUUCCUGCAUGAGGCCCAGAGCCCCAAAGAGCCAGAACCCAUGCCCGUGCCCCUGCUGCUGCCCCCUCCCAGCACCCCAGCCCCAGCCGCCCCCACUGCCACUGUUCGACCAAUGCCCCAGGCUGCCCCAGACCCCAAGGCCAACUUCUCCACCAACAACAGCAACCCAGGGGCCCGGCCAUCCGCCCAGAGGGCCACUGCUCGGCUGCCACAGAGGGGCUACCCCGGGGACGGGCCAGAGGCUGGGCGACCUGCAGACAAGGUCCAGAUGCUGCAGGCCAUGGUGCAUGGGGUGACCACAGAGGAGUGCCAGGCGGCCCUGCAGAGCCACAGCUGGAGCGUGCAGAGGGCUGCCCAGUAUCUGAAGGUGGAGCAGCUCUUUGGUCUGGGUCUGCGGCCACGAGGCGAGUGCCACAACGUGCUGGAGAUGUUCGACUGGAACCUGGAGCAGGCCGGCUGCCACCUGCUGGGCUCCUGUGGCCCUGCCCACCACAAGCGUUGAGAUGCCUGAAGAGCCAGAGGAUCUGCCCUGAAGGAAUCACUUAAGCUUGUCCAUCUGAGGAGGGCGUGGAGACUCCCUGCCAGGCCUGGAAGACCUGCUGCACCCACGGCUCCCAGUGGCAGAGCGAGGCCACGGCAGCAGGAAGCUGGGACUCCUGCCCUGCCUGUCCCUCCCUCCCCCAGUGCUGUCCCUGCAGCUUCAGAAGCCCUUGGUGCCCCAGCCAAGGUGCAGGAGGGAGCCUCUUGAAGGCAGGCUGGGGUCGGCCUCAGCAGGCCCUACAGCUGACCUGCCUCUGGGCUUAAGUCCCUGGUGGAGCCUGUGGCUAAAGGGUGUGGCCAGGCCUUGCCGGCGGGAAAGCCGGACUUGACUUUGGGCAGGGAGAAUGUGUUGGCCAUACAGAGAGGUGGACCAGGGAGUGGAUGGGGGCCCUUCACAGGGCUAGGCCCUUUCCAGGGAGCCCUGUCGAACAGAAUGUGGCCUCCCCGUGGACAUAUUAUGGGACUUGGCCGGUCUUAGGAUCUUGUGCCUGAAAAUAGCCUGAGGUGGCUCAGGUAGCAGAGCUAGGGUGCCAGAUUGUUCUCUGGCAGGGACCAGGGCCCAAGGGCCCAGGAUUGGAAGGAGACCAAGGGGGCAGCUGCCCUGGAGGGACACCAGUGCUUCCUGUCUGACCCAGCUCUUCCCCUGUGCUGUUCCGUGUUUUCCCACCAGCCUCUGUCGCCAAAGUUGCUGCCCCAGCUAUGAAUAUCUGCUUCUUCCAGAGAAAUAAAGUUAGUUUCUAUUUUAUGUUA